CUCUGAACGACAGGGCGAAGUCUGUAAAAGUGACACACAGUCACAGACAUGUUUUGUCAACUGCUUGCUGUAAUGUGCAUUUUUUUUAAGGCCUUUCAUUAAUAGGGACCAGUUGUCAUUUGUAUUCCUAAUUGGCAUUAUGUGCCAUAGAAUUGAAAUUGAAAAAAAAAAAAUAUCGAAUAUUCGUGCUAAUUUUUUAUCAGUAAAGCAAUAUAGUAAAUUGGAAGCGGUAAGAGUCCCUACAACAAAUAAUUAAAUGAGAUUAACGUGAGGAGUUUUAAAUAUUUUGGCAAUAGCGUCUGUUGUUGUUCGGUGCGUUUCGGCACUUUAGUGUUGAAUUUAACUGGCUGAUUGUCUGUGGUUCUGCCAGAAAAGAAGCGUAGUGGACAUCUGAUGUCGUCUGAGGUCCAUCAACGGACGGUCGUUUUCCUGAGAUGCCGUCUAAGGGCCAUACUCUACGAUUAUAGCAUUUUGGCAAAUCGAGAGUGCUUAGGACAUCGUUUUGGUUUCGGGAACUUCUGGCUCAUCCAGCCUCUCCGGUUCCUCAUCAUUCGCUGCCAUAAAUAUGGCGUACUGCAUCGUAGCAGCAGUGCCAGCUACCUGAGGACAUAGCAGGUCGCCACUCGUGCCAACCCAAAAAGAUGGCAACUGCAAAAGCUUCGCAGGAUAAGAAGAAUCAAGAUGAAAGUCCCAUCAGUCCCGAUUGCAAAUGCACAGAGACCGGCACCAAAGGUCCUGAACCUCGACUUUCCAGAGUCAACCUCUUCACUCUGCUGAGCCUUUGGAUGGAACUUUUCCCCAGGAAUAAACCGAAAAAUGCUGAGCAAUCUACAGGAAGAAAAUGCACAAAACAAGAUGGAAAAAAUAUUCAGGCAAAAGUCUCAGGUCUGGUCGUGGUCCAAGGCCGCAAAGUGAUCGGUCUGCACUGCUCCAGUGCUGAGCUGCAUGUGGGGCAGGUGGCAGUGAUCAGACACGGCCCCAGACUGAAGGGCUGUGACCUCUACUUCUCCAGGAAGCCCUGCUCCACCUGCAUGAAGAUGAUUGUUAACGCUGACGUGAACCGCGUGUCCUACUGGCCCGGCGACCCCGAGCUCAGCUUCCUGCCGCUUAGCGACGCCGCUGUCGUCGAGCACCCCGCUGCCGUCGAGCACCCCGCCGAGUUCGACGCCAUCGCCGCGGAGCGCCUCAGGUCCCACAGGCAGCUGCCCGUGUAUGUUCCGCUGCCUCACAUGAUGCUGAGGUUCGCUGCUGACACCUCCGCGGCCUCCAGCUUCCUCGAGUACGUGGCGCAUAGCGAGAGCCGGGACGCGCGCGAGCUGUUCAUCGAACUCCAGCAGCGGAGCCUGGAGGACCUCACGGCCACCUUCUUUGUCACGGACGAACUUCGGCACAAAUACAUCCUGAGGAAGAUCGGCCUGGAAAGCUUCUGCGAGGAGCCCUAUUUCAGCAACCUGCGGAAGCACAUGCAGGAUCUGAUCAAGGUGCUGGCGUCGGUCGCCUCCAGCGUCCCCGACCUCCAGCCGGACUACGGCUUCUAUGUGAAUGACCAGGAGGAAGACCCUGUGCCGGACCAGGUGGAAGGCCCUGUGCCGGACCAGGGGGAAGGCCCUGUGCCGGACCAGGUGGAAGGCCCUGUGCCGGACCAGGCGGACGACCCUGCACCGGGCCUCUCCCAGGACCUCCCCCAGGACCUCUCCCAGGACCUCCCCCAGGACCUCUCCCAGGACCUCCCCCAGGACCUCUCCCAGGACCACUCCCUGGAGCUCCCCCCGAACCUCUCCCAGGGCCUCCCCCAGGACGUCGCCCGACACUGCAUGAUACAGGCCCAGCUGCUGGCCUACAGGACGGAGGACCCCAAAAUCGGAGUUGGUGCUGUGAGCUGGGCUGAUGGAAAGUCUGAUCGCUGUGAUGGGACGGGCCACAUGUACCUGGUGGGGUGCGGCUACAACGGGUAUCCAGGGGGGUCCGCGUAUUCAGCGUUUCCCUGGAUGGGCAGCGACGAGCUGAACCCUCGGAAAAAGAAGUACAAAUACAUCAUCCAUGCUGAGCAGAACGUACUCAUCUUCAGGAGUGCUGAGAUUAAGGAGGAUGAGAAGACAAUGCUCUUUGUCACAAAAUGCCCCUGUGAUGACUGUGUACCUCUGAUAGUGGGCGCUGGAAUUAAACAGGUGUACACCACAGACCGGGACAGUGGCAAAGAUAAAGGUGACCUCUCCUACCUCAAGUUUGUCCAACAACAGGAUGUACAGAAGUUUAUAUGGCAGAAAACACCACAAGCCGAAGACCUUCCAUAACCGCCCGAACAGACAUGAUCAACCUCGCUAUCAACAUCUUUUGACCCUCCUUUGUGAUGACAGCUGAAACCUUUUCAUGAAUGGGCGCUGUACGGAAAAUUCACGGAAAAAGAGAUCUCCGUCCUUAUUGUGAUUCAUUGCUUACAAAGUCAAAAUCAGACUCAAUAUAUCACAUGUAUGCUGCUUGUUAUCAAAUCAAAUGAACCUAGAACAUUUAAUUACAGCUGAGCUUAUGAAAACGCAAGAAGCCACAGUGUAAACUGUCGAAAUGAGAGCAAAGACUGCAAAAAUGCAUCAGGCUAAAUAAGUACAUUUACUCACUUAGAAGAAUAGAUUGAUAAUCAAAUGUUUAGUAGUAUAUUUUCAAUGAUUUACUGAUGUUUAGUAGUAUAUUUUCAAUGAUUCACUGAUGUUUAGUAUAUCAUAUUUUCAAUGAUUCACUGAUGUUUAGUAGUAUAUUUUCAAUGAUUCACUAAUGUUUAGUAUAUCGUAUAUUCUUUUUUAACUUUUACAUUUACUAUUGCGCUGUUCACAUGCUUCCUCAAGCCAAACUAGAGGAUCUAAUUUUUCUAACAGAGAGGCAUAGGAUCCCUCUUUGCAAUGUUUUGCAAUGUACUCAGUGGCAUACUCCAUUAUCCUAGGUUCUGAGUACACCUAUGUACAAUAUACCUACUGUGGUCGUUUAACGCAAGGACACAGGAUAAAUGUGGGAUACCCUGCUGGUACUUUAAAAAAGUCCAGUUCCUCUUGUAAGGGUAAUUUUCUUAAUUGAUUCUUAAUUGACAAUGUGUGUUAACAUAAAGACAAUCACAUGAUAACAAAUAACCUUUUAGUGAUAAUCCUUAUUACUAUUAGACCACUUUCUGAAUUAAGUGCUUACUAUGAGUCUUUCUCUGUCUCUCUCCAGCAGACAGACAGCCUUUGACCUUAAUGUCUCUGCUUCUCAGCUAGCACAUUCUGGUCUUACAGCAAGGUCAACAAGGGGUAUUCAGAAGACAAAAUACUGAUAAAUGUUCGUGGCCAGCUUCAUGUCUUUUUGUUUUGGUAAAGCCCUCCCUUCUGGAAAAGUGUGUAUAAGAGUCUUACUGUGUGAUGCAAAUCAGAAAGCCGUUAAGCUUUCUCACUUUCUGUAAUUUCUUUGCAAAUAAAUACAAAAGUUAAACUCAA